AUGCUGCGGCGGUGCGGGCGGUGCCUCGGCGGGCGGGACCACCCCUUCGUGGACGCCGUGAAGGUGCUGGUCUCCAGCGGCGCCGGCGGUGACGGGGCGAGUGUCAUGGCGCACGAGCACGGCAACGAGUUCGCCGGGCCCGGGGGCGGGAACGGCGGGAACGGCGGCAACGUGCUGCUGCGCUGCCGCAAAGCCGUCGUCGACCUCGCGCACAUCAAAGCGAUGGGGAGCCAAAUCAGUGCGUCGCCGGGCAGCGUCGGCUUCGCCCGCACCGCCCACGGCAAGAGGGGGAAGGACCUGCUGCUGGAGCUCCCCGUCGGCACGGAGGUGGUGGACCUGGACACGAACGAGGUCGUCUACGACGUCGACGAGGAUGGUCUGGAGCUGCUGCUGCUGGAGGGGGGGCAGGGCGGGAAGGGAAACGCGGCCUUCGCGAACAAAUGGCAUCACUCCCCCACGGAGUCCACGCGGGGCCUGCCGGGGAACACGAUGCUGGUGCAGUUUGAGCUCAAGACACUCGCCGACGUGGGGCUCAUUGGGUACCCCAACGCCGGGAAGUCCUCGCUGCUGGCGGCCAUCAGCACAAGUAAGCCCAUGAUUGCGCCGUACGCCUUCACCACGCUCCGCCCCUACGUUGGUGUCAUUCACGACUUGUACGGAAACACCUGCAGAGUUGCGGACUUGCCCGGGCUCAUUGAGGGGGCGUAUGAAAAUCGGGGCCUGGGGCAUCAGUUUUUGCGCCACGUGGAGCGGACGCAGUCCUUGGCGUACGUGGUGGAUAUGUCGGGCUCCUACGCCCCGGCGGAGGCGGAGGCGCCAGCGGAGCCGUGGGACGUCGUAGACGCGCUGCGGCGGGAGUUGGAGUACUACCUCCCUGGCCUCAGCAGCCGGGCGCUGAUGGUGUUUGCCAACAAGAUGGACCUGCACACCGACAGUGGCGGGGCGCUGCUGACGGACAAGCUCGAGGAGCUGCGAAGGCGGGUGGAGCUGCCGGUGUUUCCCAUUUCCGCCGCCCUUGGCGUCGCGCUCGGGACGUGGCACACGGAGGCAGGCCUGGCGCCCGCGCUGCAGCUCAUGUGUGAGGAGGUGUUUCGCAAGAAGCGGCAUGAGGAGGGAGUCCGCCGCGCCCAGCAGAGCAGGGAGGCGUUCACGCUGGACAAGAGCUUUCGCGCCAAGAACAUGGGCGUGUUUGCCGCAGCGGAGGACGUCGCCGACGGCGACGGGGGCAACCUCUCGCUUGUGGAUCAGCAGCUGGAUCCCUACGGCUUCAGCGGGCUGGGCGGGGACUCCGACGGCUACCGCAACGCCGCUGCCCGCGGCAAGCUGCACGACUACCGGGACCUGACAAUGAAGGGGCGGUACUGGUCGCUGACGCGGCGCAAGGGGGAGAAGUUGGGAGGCGAGAAGUGGCGGUGA